GCGGCGGCGGCGGCGGCGCGGUGGUGUCCGGGCGGGCGGUGGGCGCUGUGCCUGUGCCUGUGCGCGGCGCUGCUGCCGCGGCCGGCUCGGGGCCUCACCGACCGCCUCUACUGCGGCCGCCGAGUCUGCUACGAGGUGCUGGGCGUCAGCCGGCAGGCCAGCAAGGCGGAGAUCGCGCGCGCCUACCGGCAGCUGGCCCGGCAGUACCACCCCGACCGCUACCGUGGGGAGCCCGCGGGCGGCGAGGGCAGCGGGGCGCAGGCGGCGCACGAGAAGUUCCUGCUCAUCGCCGCCGCCUACGAGACCCUCAAGGAUGAAGAAACACGUAAAGAUUAUGACUACAUGCUGGAUCAUCCUGAAGAGUAUUACAGGCAUUACUACCACUACUACCGCAGGAGAUUGGCGCCUAAAGUAGAUGUUACAAUAGUGAUCCUAGUUACAGUGUGUGCCAUCUCCGUGUUUCAGUUCUUCAGCUGGUGGAGUAGUUACAAUGAAGCUAUCAACUACUUAGCAUCUGUGCCAAAAUACCGUAUACAAGCUACUGAGAUUGCCAGGCAACAAGGUUUACUCAACAAGACUAAAGAAAAAGGCAAGAACAGGCGGUCUAAAGAAGAAAUUCGUGAAGAGGAGGAAGAAAUUAUCAAAGACAUUAUUAAAAAUAAAAUAGAUAUAAAGGGUGGUUAUCAGAAGCCCAAAAUAUAUGAUAUCCUCCUAUUUCAGAUCCUUCUUGCUCCUUUUUACUGGUGCAAAUACAUAGUUUGGUACUGUUGGUGGAUUUAUUGUUUCACUAUUAAAGGGCAAGAGUAUGGUGUGGAAGAAAAGUUGUAUAUCAUACGAAGGUACAUGAAAAUGUCUCAGUCUCAGUUUGACAGCCUGGAAGAUCAUCAAAAAGAGACCUUUCUUGAACGGCAGCUUUGGAUACGAGAAAACUAUGAGGUAUAUAAACGAGAGCAAGAGGAGGAGUUAAAGAAGAAGAUGGCCAUGGAUCCCCGAUGGAAAAGAUACCGGCGGUGGAUGAAGAAUGAAGGACCUGGAAGACUGACUUUUGUUGAUGAUUGAAGGUUGCUGAACAAAAUGUGUGCUAUUGCUGAAAGUGAUUUGCAAAACUUUUCAUUACAUCAUUCAGAGUUUUGUCUGCUGUGGCUUAGCAGUGAUCUAAAACUCAGGAACUAUUACAUCAGGCGGAAGCAUAUUACAGGUUUACCAUUUUUAUAAAUCAGACCUAUUAAAACAGGCUCAACCUGAAGUAUAUAUGCCAUUUACUUGGGGAUAUCAAUGUGGAAUUCAUUAUUCCAAACAAUGUAUUUUUACUAGAUACUUCAUAUUCAUCAAUGAACCCAUAACUCUAGUCUUUCUGAAAAUGUUUUUAGUUCAAACCUUGACAAGUCUCAGUUUUCCUCUUUAAGCUGAAGGGUUUCCGCAAGUGGAAACUGAAAAUGCUUAUAAAAGAUUCUGAAGUAAGGGCCAUUUUCUGUUUUCCUCUCUUUCCUCCUACUUUUCAAUCUAAUUUCUAAAAUGCCAAAUUGGUUGUUUUUCAUGUAAACAAUAUGGGGAUUAUACAAGACUACUGCUAUUCCUGCUUCACUUGGAAAUGGAAUUUAUUCUUUGUGGGAAUAAAUGAUGCAUGAUUGAUCAUCCUUGUGAUGCAAACAAGCCUUAAUUCUUUGUUCUAAGAGUAAUUAAUGAAACAGUAUGCUUGGAUAUUUUGUGGUUUUUCAUCUUGUACAUUGGAUUAUACCUGCUUGUUCAGAACAAGUAUGCCAGUGAAUAUUAGUUUAUUAAAUGUGACAUUUCUUUCAGCAAAGUAUUGAUUAAAGGGAAAAAUGACCCUUUUGUUAAAAAGGGCAGUUUUGAUGCCUUAUGUAAAUAAAAGUUUAUAUAUGCAGACUUAAUUAGUUUAAAAUUCUAAAUCUUAAGUAUUCAUUACAUUUAUCUCUUCUGAUCAG